GCGUCCUUCGUGAACGUCUUUUUAGGAGGGUUUUCCCCCUUUUUGUUCUGGGAAUGGCCGCGACUUCUCUACCAGAACCGAGUGUUGACCCGGGUCGGCCGAUGGUCGCAGGUAAAUCUCAGAGCUUCCGACUUUGAAUAUUCUACCAUCCACUUAUUGCGGCUUUUCAUGUCCCGGGUUACCCCUGACAGCAGUUUGUUGUGGUUUCGGUCGAGCUGGGCCAUUGAAUGGACGCACAUCGUGAGGGCGUUUCUCAGAAAGGGCGGCUUUGAGGAGGUGGACAUUCUAUAUACCAGGGUAGAGGGGUUUGACGAAUUUAAAAAUGUCAAAGGACUUUGGAUUUAUUCCAAUAGUGCCAGAAAGAUGCACGGUGACUACGAUAUUAUCCACUACUAUAUCCCAGGUGGAGGUUUUAUGGUAGGCAGUGCCUACUUGUAUCUCGAAUUUAUGCAAUCAUACACCCUAGCCUUACUCGAGCAGGGAUUUUCUAACCCCGCCAUCUUUGUGCCAGACCUCACCUUGCUCCCCGCUGCUAGUUAUCCGGGACAGCUAUCUCAAGUCUCCAAUGGGUGGAAGUAUCUUACGAAAAACUACCCAGGAAGCAAGAUAAUCCUCUCUGGUGAUUCCACAGGGGGGACGCUAGCGCUCGGGUUGUUACUCCACAUUGCCAAGGCAAGCGUCACUAUUGAAAAAUUCGAACAAUUAGAAAGAGGGUUGGAAGACCUAGAAGCACCAGCUUCAACUGAGAGUAGAACUCUGGUGGAUAACCCGAUCACCUCACUAGUCAAGCCCCACGCGGUGAUGAUAAUUUCUCCAGUAACCUCUUUCAAGGGUGGCACAGAUGACAGGGUUGCCAACGAAGAUUUCUUGACCACAGAGAUAUUGCGAAAGUGGGGCAGUUACUACAUGAAGAAUGCUGACCCGCUCGACUUCUACCACAGUCCGGGGGAGUGUCAGGAUGACGAUCUCUGGCGUGCGGCCUUCCCGGAAGUUGGAAUGAUUGUAACCUACGGCGAGAAUGAACUUGUGAGAGAUGAUAUUGCCAGUUUCUGCGAGCGCAUAUCAAAAUGUGGCAAGACCAAAACUAUCAAGAUCGAAGGCAGUAUCCAUUCUGGGCCAAUCUUGACCUUCUACACCGAAAGAAAGCUCGAAGAACGCGAACUUCACGUCCACGUCUUGGCGUGUAACAUCUCCAGAAUGCUUUUGUGGGAAACUGAAAGGUUUCUAGACCAGCACGAUAGCUUGGUCCACGCCGGAACAAUUUGACCGUUGCCCAUCCCGGGAAGCAACUUGCGACAUGGUACGAUGAAAACGCACUAUCUACAGAAUAGGUAAAUAUGGACAAGUUUCAUAAUAUAUACAUC